GCCCUGGUGCUGGCCCCCACUCGGGAGCUUGCCCAGCAGAUCCAGCAGGUGGCGGCCAGACUUUGGCAAGGCCUCCCGGAUCCGCAACACGUGCGUCUUUGGCGGAGCACCCAAGGGAUCGCAGUUGAGGGACCUGGAGAGAGCAAGGCGGUUUGA